CUCCACCUCUCAACCAUAAUUACACCUUACUAGUUACUUCAACUCCACCGCGCCGCUUCGUAUUUGUCAACCCCUCACCUCCUUCCAUACGCGCGCGCGUGACUGCGCCACCACCAUUCUCGAACCAUCUCAGAUCGAACCUCGUUCCGCGAGCCACUUCUUCUUCUUCAUGUGCGGUUACUACUGAUUAUUCUGCACGCUGCGUUGAUUGAUGGGUGAAGAGAAGGAAACUAGUGCUGCUGCUGCUACUAAUACUGAUACUACGAAGAAGAAGCAGAGGAAGGGUUUGAUUUCACGAAUUUGGAACGUGAUUUUUAGGUCCAAUGGAAAUGAUUUGGAGAAGAGGCUACAGCAUUUAUCCAAAGCAGAAGCUUCUGUUAUGAAUAAAAUCGCCAACAGGUCCCGCUUCCGUAGCCGAAUCUUGCGCAACCUUAUUCUGUUUUCUGUUCUAUUUCAGGUCAUUGCUGUAGUUUAUGCUACUAUGACAACAAGAUCCGUGGGUAUGAAUUGGAAAAUGAGGGCAAUCCGAGUUUUGCCAAUGUUUCUUUUGCCUGCCUUAUCAUCUGCUGCGUAUUCCUUCUUUGUCAGCUUCAUACGGAUGUGUGAUCGCAGGGACCAAAAAACUCUUGAAACACUGAGAGCUGAAAGGCAGGCAAAAAUUGACGAGCUCAAAGAGAAGACAAAUUAUUACAUUACUCAACAACUCAUUCAGAGAUAUGACACAGACCCAGCAGCAAAGGCAGCUGCUGCUACUGUUUUGGCAUCUAAGUUGGGUGCGGAUUCGGGCUUGAAAGUGCAUGUGAGAGAUGAAUCUAUGUCUAGCGCUCCAACAGGGACGACCAACGAUGCUGAGCAUGUGCAGUCUAGUGGACUUCGAAGUCGCAAACAAGUGCACUCUAGAUCCACUAGUCCAGGGACAACUGCCCCAAAUUAUUCUGAUCAGCAAUUAGUUGGCUCUGGGGGAGUUAACCUAAGUCAUACAGUGCAAAAUGAGCUUGUAGUUGUUGGACAUCAUAAACCUCAAAGUUCAACGCAUAAUGGAGGAUGGAUUGCUAGAAUUGCAGCAUUGCUUGUAGGUGAGGAUCCAACACAUUCUUAUGCACUCAUAUGUGGGAACUGCCAUAUGCAUAAUGGUCUUGCUCGGAAAGAGGAAUUCCCGUUUAUCACUUACUACUGCCCACACUGCCAUGCCCUGAACAAACCAAAGCAGUCGGGUGAGCAAAUCUCCGGUUUUAAUUCCCCAAAAGCAGAUAAUGGUGAGGCAGAUAGGAAUCCUAGUGCUUGUGCAGCUGACAAAUUAAUGAGAAGCAAUAAUCCGGUAAAUACCAGCCCUGAGACCGAGAAGAAUCUGUAGGGGCUAGGUAAGCAAGCUAGUUAAAAGCAAGUUUCUUUUGGGGAAUGGCCGUUGGACAUGUCAAUCCCCAUGUUUGAGGACACUGACCAAACUAUAAGGAAAGCCACUGUGUUUGUUUUAACAUUUGACCUCCAUCUAAGACCGAAGGGGGUCUUCACUCUGUUUUUAAAGACACGUUCUUGGUUAGUUUUGUAACAGGGAGUGUUGAUAUAUCACUUUGAAACUCCUUGUCAUUUAUAAAUUAUAACACAGAUUACAUGUCUUGUCUU